AUGUCGGAAGAAAUCAGAAAUGCGUCAAGGGUUGUCCCAGGAGCCAUGAUUUUCAGCCUAGUUGUCAAUGGAGUGCUUGGAUUUGGUAUACUGAUAGCCGUUCUUUUCUGUCUUGGUGACGUCGAUGCCGUCCUCGCCUCUCCCGCAGGAUAUCCGUUCAUGGCUGUCUUUCAGGAGGGGGUAAAAUCUCUCGGCGGAGCAACAACAAUGUCAGCAAUAGUCACGAUACUAGUCGGCUGUGCGAGCAUCUCUGUCGUUGCUUCUGCUUCUCGAAUGACGUGGUCUUUUGCGCGUGAUCGAGGCCUCCCCGGGUGGAGAUGGCUCACCAAGCUCCAUUCCAAAUCCUCCAUCCCAGUGGUUGCCAUUGCUCUCACAACCACAAUAUCAUGCUUGCUUAGCCUGAUCAAUCUCAGCUCAGCAGUCGCAUUCAACGACGUGGUCUCGUUGACCGUCGACGGGCUAUAUACCUCAUAUUUUAUCGGCAACAGCCUUCUGCUGUGGCGGCGUGCGACAGGCCAAAUCAAACCGUACAGUGAAAACGACGAGACCUCUCGUGGGCCGAUCAACGUCGCUAAUGCGGAGUAUUUGACCUGGGGUCCUUGGAAGAUUCCGGAGCCAUUCGGUACAAUAAUCAAUGCGACUAGCUGCGUAUAUAUGAUUGUUGUUAUUUUUUUCAGCUACUGGCCCACUUCCGUCGAUCCAACACUGUCUACGAUGAAUUUCAGCUCCCUUAUGGUUGGAGCCACGGGUAUCCUUUCGACAUUAUACUAUAUAUUUUGGGCAAGGAAGGUGUACAGCGAUCCGAUUAUUGAAAUUGAGUAUUGA